AUGCCAGUUGGUGGAGACAGUCCAAAGGACCAAAACUCGAACAAAGCCGCAUGGCUCGACUACGACGAUGCAUUGAACGGAGAAUGGUCAUUCAAUAUUGAGCCAUCUUUCAUUGCCAGCGAGACCAUCAACAAUGAGGACGAUAAGACGAACAUUGGAGAGACUUCGAUUUUAAUCGAGAAAACGUCGUAUGAGGAGCUGGUUGCCACGUGUGAUGCGAUGAAGGUUCAGAUGAAGGAGUUGGAGGAGAAACUGGAGGAGAAGAAGAAAGAAGACGAGGAGAAGGAUUUGAAGAUUUCGAAAUUGGAAUCUGAAAUUUGCGAGCUGAAAGAGGAGAGCUAUAAAACAGACGAGCAGAUGGAUGAUUUGUUCUCAAGACUCAUGAAUAUAUUGGGAGUUUUAGAGAGAAGAGAGACUGAGAAGAACAAGAUACUGGAAGAGAAAAUGGAAUUAGAGGAAAAGCUGGAAAACGCCAAAAUUGCUCUGCAACAAAUCGAUGUCUUCUUUAUCAAAAUCAAGUCAAAUCAUCAGCAGAUAAUGGAGAAGCAGGUAACAAUGAUGGAAUCUGAGAAGAAUGCUCUUAUGAGCGAGAUGCUCAAGCAGCAAAUGCUCUACACUUUGACUACGGAGGGUUGGACACAGAAAUGGGCGGCAUGGAACGCUGAAAAAAGAAAUCUCCAGGAGAAAUUGGCCGAGAAAGAUCGAGAAAAUGAAAUGCUACAAGCCGAAGUCGACAUGGAAGAAGUCUCUGGAAUGCUCAAAAUUCGCAAACUUCAAAACCAACUGACCCAGAAAGACGAAGAGAUCCAAACCGUAAAUCGCAAGUACAGUAAUCUCAAAAAACGAGGAGUCCAAAUGCUUGAAGAGAAGAAUCAGGACAUCAAAAAAUUGCAACGAGAAGUAGAGGAUCAGAAAAAGAAGUUGGAGGAGCAAAACAAUCAGUUGGAUGAAUUGAAGAACAUGAUCAAACAAGAAUCCGAAAAACGAAAAAGGUUUGAGAAUGAGAUGAAGGCGGCUGAAAAGAUCGUGAAGGAUGCAUGGAGAGAGGAAAAGAUGACAAGGAAGCUAACGGAACAAACGUGUUUGAAAGAGAAGACUGAGAAGAUGGCUCUGCAAGAGAAGGUAAAGGAAUUGUCUGCAAAAGGAGUCGUUGUCCACAAAAUUUGUCCAAAUUCUGAGCAUAAUAUUCUGGUCCAGCGAAUCGAUGUUCUUCAGCGCCAACGCGAUAUUCUUGUUGAUAGUAUCACUCAACGCGACGCUGGCUCGGAGAACACCAUCAAAUAA